GCUCUAAGCAUCCCUGAACACAUCUCAACUACAAACAGCAGACAUGGCAUUCAAGCUGGUGGUUCUCUCCUGUCUCCUGGCCAUUGCCCACGGCAGCGCAGUGCCCGCUGUUGCAUACGCAGCGGCUGCACCUGUCGCAGCCAGGCUCGAGGAGUUCGACCCAUUCCCACAAUAUCGCUUCGGAUACGAUGUCGCUGACUCCCUCACCGGCGACUACAAGAGUCAGACGGAGCAGCGCAGCGGUGAUCUGGUGCAAGGACAGUACUCCCUGGUGGACUCCGACGGCACGCGGCGUGUGGUGGACUACACUGCCGACUCAGUGAACGGCUUCAACGCGGUGGUGCGCAAGGAGCCGCUGGUGGCCGCUGCGCCCGCCGUCGUCGCCGAGCCCGCCGUGGUGCCCGCUCGCCUGGCCGCCGCGCCCGUGGCUGCCCGUGUAGUCGCUCAACCCGCCCCAGUUGUCGCCGCUGCAAGGUAUGCGGCUGCCCCUGUCGCCGCUGCCGUCGCCGCGCCUGCCCCGGUGUACGCCCGCUACGCCGCCGCUCCCGUCGCCGCCGCAGUCGCUGCUCCCGCACCAGUCUACGCUCGCUACGCUGCCGCUCCAGUGGCUGCGGCCCCCGUUACUGCCGCCCCCGUGGCUGCGGCUCCAGCCCCCGUUUUCGCCCGCUACGCGGCCGCUCCCGUCGUAGCACCCCGCUACGCCGCUCCCGUAGCGGCUGCUUACAGAGCUGCGUUCACAUCUCCUGUUGCCGCGUACACAGCCCCUUACGCCGCGUACACAGCUGCCUACACCGCGCCUUUCGCCCCACAAGUCGCUGCCGCGUACACCGCGCCAGUGGCCGCCGCAUACACCGCCCCAGUAGCUGCUGCGUACACGGCUCCCGUGGCUGCCGCGUACACGGCUCCCGUAGCGGCUGCGUACAGAGCCGCGCCCACCGCAGUGGCUCCGGCGGCUGUGACCACCGCACGCGCCGCUCCCGCCAAAAUCGUAGAAGCCACCCCCGCCGGUUACCGAUACCCUUGAAUGCCAUAAUCUGACAAAAUAUGCCUGCAUACCUCUGAAGACUUGAUUUGUGUAUAAUACUAUAGGUUUAAAUAUUUUUGUUUUUUAUACGAAUUGAAAUAAACGAGUAACAUUUUA